UCCGCUCAAACCUAAAACCCUAAAACCUUUCCCUCUCUCGCAAUUGAAACGGAAAAAAGAGAGAGAGAGAGAGAGAGAGAGAGAGAGAGAAUACAUAGCAAUUUCGCGGUUAGAGCGGAAAGUUAUGGCGAGUGAACAAGACAUGACUAGCUGGACCGAUCUGCUUCACUCUUCCACUAAGCUUCUGGAACAAGCUGCUCCUUCUGCUCAGUUCCCUCCUUUACAGAGGAACUUAGAUCAGUUAGAAUCAUUGUCAAAGAAGCUCAAGGCAAAAACCUUGAGAGCUGAAGCCCCUUCUCAAUCUAUUGCUGCAACAAGGCUUCUUGCACGUGAAGGAAUAAAUGCUGAGCAGCUAGCACGAGAUCUUAAGUCUUUUGAAUUAAAGACGACAUUUGAGGAUGUGUUCCCUGCUGAGGCUACUAGUGUUGAAGAAUAUUUGCAGCAGGUUCAUGAAAUGGCAAUGGUGUCAGCCGUACAGGAAGCUCAGAAGGAUAAUCUGAGAAGUUUUAAUGAUUACAUGAUGAAAGUUUUGGAGGAAGAUUGGCAAAAAGAAAAACGUGAUUUUCUUCAAAGCUUGAGCCGCAUUUCAACAUUACCUAAGGUUAAUGCAGUCGAUACAAGAACUGGAGGUACUCGCUUAGGUCCAGUGGCAUCCAUGGCUUCCAGCCCCCAGGUUUCUUCUGUUCCUUCAGGCAUGGAGAUAGUACCCUUGGAUAACAAGCCAAUCCUGGAGAAAAAAGCUUCAGCCUAUGCAGAAGUUGUAAAGAGCCUGAACAAUGCAAGAGAACGUGGCUUGCACUUUAAACCUGGAACAGCCUUCAAGGGUGCUUAUGAAAGUUUGGGUCUUGAAGCUUCUGGUGGAAAAUCAGUUAGCAUGCAGAAGAUAUGGCAUCUUGUUCAGACAUUGAUGGGUGAAAAUUCAACCAUUCAACGAAAUCUUUCAAAAAAAAUGUUAUUAGUGACUGGUGCAAGGCAACAUCUAGAAUGGGGACAUGAAAAGUAUAUUAUGGAUACUAUACAAAGUCAUCCAGCACAGGCUGCCCUUGGUGGAGCGGUUGGAAAUUUACAAAGAGUUCGUGCAUUUCUUCGGAUUCGUUUGAGGGAUUAUGGAGUUCUAGAUUUUGAUGCAGGAGAUGCACGUAGGCAGCCUCCAGUUGAUACUACUUGGCAGCAGAUUUAUUUUUGCUUGAGGACUGGGUAUUACGAUGAAGCCAGAAAUGUUGCUCUGUCAUCCCGUGCUUCACAGCAAUUUGCUCCUCUGCUUACAGAGUGGAUUAACAAUGGAGGAAUUGUCCCUCCGGAAAUUGCAGCUUCUGCUUCAGAAGAAUGUGAAAAAAUGUUAAGAAUGGUUGAUCGGGUGGGUCGACCUGCAUAUGACAAGAAAAAGUUGUUACUCUAUUCUAUAGUAUCUGGUUCUAGGAGGCAAAUUGACCGUCUGUUGAGAGAUCUACCAACACUUUUCAAUACUAUAGAGGACUUUUUAUGGUUCAAGUUAGCAGCUGUAAGAGACUUUCAUGGUGGGACGUCAUCUGUGUUCCUCAGUGAAGGUUCAGCACCAUACAGUUUGGAAGAUUUACAGGCUUACCUGAAUAAAUUUGAGCCAUCAUAUUAUACCAAAAAUGGGAAGGACCCUCUGGUCUACCCUUAUGUGUUGCUUUUAAGCAUCCAGUUGCUAAAAGCUGUCUUGCAUAUGUCCAAGGAAGUUGGUGACGAGGGAUAUGAUAUAGAUGCUGUCCACAUAUCAAUUGUGCUAGCAGACCAUGGGGUUCUUUCUGAAGUGUCUGGAGCUGGACAAAAGCUAGGUAUCAUGGACGCUUGUGCAGAAGUCUCUAGUAUAAUUAGGCAGUAUGGUUCUGCAUAUUUACGUCAUGGGAAUCUCCCUCUGGCAUUGGAAUAUUAUGCACAAGCUGCUGCUGCAAUAGGCGGUGGAGAGGUGUCAUGGUCUGGAAGAGGUAAUGUGGAUCAGCAAAGACAGAGAAGUUUGAUGCUGAAGCAACUCCUUACUGAGCUUUUGUUGCGGGAUGGUGGUAUUUAUCUUUUACUUGGUCCUCGUGGUGCUGGGGAAGAAGGUGAAUUGGUGCGAUUUUUUAAUGACUUCAAAACAAGACAACAAUUUCUGCUUGAAGCUGCUCGUCAAUGUCAGGAAGCUGGACUCUAUGAUAAAUCCAUAGAAAUUCAGAAGCGAGUUGGAGCAUUCUCUAUGGCUUUGGAUACAAUUAACAAGUGCCUAUCUGAAGCAAUCUGUGCUCUGUCACGUGGGAGAUUGGAUGGUGAGAGCCGGACUGCUGGUCUUGUUCAUUCUGGUAAUGAGAUUUUGGAGACAUACAAGUAUUAUCCUGAAGUCAGUCUUCAAGAGAGAGAGCAUGUUGUAGAGCAAGAAACCGUGUUGAGACAACUCGAGGCAAUUUUGUCUGUUCACAAGUUGGCAAGAUUGGGUCAUUAUCUUGAUGCCUUAAGGGAGGUUGCUAAACUUCCCUUUCUUCCAUUGGAUCCACGAGUGCCAGAUGUCACUUUAGAUGCAUUUCAGAAUUUGUCUCUUCACGUUCAAGUAUGUGUGCCAGACCUUCUGAAGGUAGCUCUUACAUGUCUUGACAACGUGACAGAUUCUGAUGGAUCUCUUCGUGCCAUGAGGUCAAAGAUUGCACAGUUUCUUGCUAACAAUACUAGUAGGAAUUGGCCUCACGAUUUAUAUGAGAAGGUUGCUCGAAGUUUGUGAAACUGCAUAGUGCCCCUUUUUGGUGGCCGAGGAAAUUUCAUAGAUGUUUAAUUGAGGUUAUGAUACAGCUAAUUUUGUAAAGAAAACAAAUCCGAAAACAUUCAUAUGAAAUAUGAUGACUGAUUUGUUGGUAAGCGAACAGCUUUGUUUCUGGAAUGAAUUUUUUGCUAUUUUUCUCAUUAGUGUUUCCCUGUCCAAGCUUUGUACUUUUAACAUACAUAGGUACCAACAAAGGAGAAAAUGGUUUCAUUUUCAUUUUUGAACAUACCA